AUGGGCAAGAGCAAAGAUGCUGCCACGCCCACUGCAGCAGACAAGUCUGCCUUGGCCACACAUGGACCCCAAGGACGCAAAGCCCGUGCACACAUUGUCUCCUCCGGCAAUUCGCAAAAGCCUGCACCAGCAAUCGACACAUCCAAGCAGGUCUUUCCCGGUCAUACGGGCAAGCUGCCCCUCAAUCUGCUCAGAGAACGUUGCAACAAGCUCGGCUGGUCUGCGGAAGUCGAAGCGCAACGACUUGGGAAGGACAGAUGGACUUGCAAAUGCGUCCUCAAGCGUAGAAAUCUCAAAUCGGGUGCGAUGGACGAAGUCAUUCUCAAACCUCCCAGCUCGAUAGAGAGCGAGAUACGUCUGCCAGACUGCGGCUCUGCGGCUGAAGCGAGACAACUCGGUUCUGUGUAUGCCUUGUACAGGUUCAGCAACUCGCUCAGGCUGGAACUGCAAAUGCCUCCGACUUGUCGAGACUAUUGGCGUAAAUUGGAAGCCGAGAAAAAGGCGAGCCCGAAGAACAAAGCAUGGCUAUGGGCAGAAGACCCUUUCCAGGCUGCAUCGAAUGCCCCCGCGCCGCGCAUAGAAGAGCCUGCUUCCUCUGGUCAAAGCACACCCUCUCGCGAGAUAGCCAAGCCUGUUGCCUUGAGCAAAGGAUGGCAAGAGGCACCCGAAGUACGCAUGUCGAGCGACCUUCGAGAGCUUGUAGAGACCACAAUAAGAGACCUCUUGCCCGUGUACCCCGAAGCCGCCCUGCCAUCCAACGAGGACGACACGAGCUCUGUCGCCUUGACCUCAGAGGAGCAACACGUCCUGGCAAGAUGUACAGCCCAGGGGUUUCGUCAAGGGCAUUCAGAGAAAGCUCUGGUCUUCUUGCGUCAGUCGGCAGACCACUCGACCGCUCAGGACCCCAUCGUUCGCUCGCUCCUAGCUCUGCCAUUGCAGCAGGCAGUCGAGCAAUAUUUGCAGAUCCACAUCAGCGAAGACGAUCUGCCUGCGCAUCUCAGGCAUAGAAAACCAGCAGAUGCCAAUGCGAGAGUCAUCAGCUCUGCCAGCGACAGUGACGCUCUCAAGGAGUCCUGGGCGAUCGACCGUAUUGUCGCCCUUGGCUUUCCCCGACCUGCUGCUGAGGAAGCAUACCGAAGCGCCGAGCAGCAUUCUGGGCUGGCAAUUGAUCUGCUCUUGCGCCGGUUGGCCUUUGAUGAGACUGAUCCGGCUUGGGGUCAGCACUCGUUGCUCGAUACACAUCACGGCGAUUUGGGCGAGAUGAAGGAACGAAGAGAGGAGGAAGUGCUCGCACUGGAAGCGAUAUAUGGCUCUCGCUUUCGCUGGCUCGACGAUGACUCCUUCGCAAUCGCAAUGGAUAGCGAAACUGAUCGAGCGCCUGCUCUCCGCAUCGAUCUACACGACAGAUCACGAUACCCGAGCAUGUGCGAAGAGUGUGUUGCUCUUCCUACCAUGAUCGUUACAUCAGACGAUGCACCGCCUUAUAUCGUUCUACAUCUUACUGCGACGCUGCUGAGAGCAUGUAAAGAACGAGAAGAUCUGGCCGGCAUUGUUCAGGCCGGUCAAGGAGGCCUCAUCAGCGAACUCGUCGAGCUUCUAUCGACGAUCUGGGAACGUGUCUCGUCACAUCCUCCAGAUUUCAGGGCCGUCUUACGGCCUCUCGUUGCUGAAAGUGCCAACAUCACUCGAGCUAGCACACCUCAGCCUCAACCGAACGGAAAGCCAACUAAGCGCACGAGGCAAUAUAGACCUGUCCAAGCUGGCGAUAGUGCAGCGCUUCAACGCGAAUACGAAAGCUGCAUUGCGGGUGCAGCGUACAAGAAGAUGCUCGAAUCGCGCAAGAAAUUGCCAGCUUGGUCGAUGCAACAAGACAUCAUCGAUCUCGUCACUUCUCACCGUGUUUCGAUCGUCAUGGGCGAAACCGGCUCAGGCAAGACGACUCAGGUCCCUACGUUCAUACUCGACAAAGCUCUGAGCACUGGCAAAGGCGGCACUUGCUCGAUCAUUGUUACUCAGCCUCGUCGAGUCAGUGCAAUCUCUGUUGCUACUCGAGUUGCUCAGGAGCGAGCCGAGACGAUCAACUCGCCCCAUCUUGUCGGCUAUACCAUCCGAGGCGAGCGCAAAGCCUCGCCGAACUGUCGAUUGAUGUUUGUCACGACAGGCGUGCUCCUGCGCAGACUUGCAAACGAUCCCCAAUUGGCCGGCGUCUCUCAUGUCGUUGUAGAUGAAGUGCACGAAAGAUCGCUCGAUUCGGACUUGCUCCUACUCGAGCUGAAGCACCUGCUUGCAUCGAAUAAGCACAUCAAAAUCGUCCUCAUGUCUGCCACCGUCGAUCAGGCACUUUUUGCUGGCUACUUCAACGGUGCGCCCUGCAUCUCAUUGCAAGGUCUGGCGUAUCCUGUUCAAGACUUCUACCUUGAAGACUAUCUGCCGACUCUGGGCUAUGUUGCGCCUAGCACGAAGCCUUCACGCAAGUACUCGGCUGAAGAGAUCGCGCGUAUCGAGGGUAGCUUCAAGGAGCAUGGCGUUACUGAACCUGCACACAUCAGCACACUCGCUAUGCUCACGCGAUCUGGCAAGAUUGACUAUGGUCUCAUCGAAGCUUUANUCUCGAGAUUGCUCAUCGAUACAGAUGAUGGGGCGAUCUUGAUCUUCAUGACGGGUGUAGCAGAGAUUGCCAGACUGUGCGAGCUCCUACGUUCCACCCAGACAACUUCGACACUGAUCUUGCCAUUACAUUCGAAUCUGUCAAAUUCAGAUCAAGGUCGCGUAUUUGUCGUGCCGCCAAAGGGCACACGCAAGAUCGUCGUUGCGACCAAUAUUGCCGAGACCUCAAUUACAAUUCCUGAUGUCGUCUAUGUCAUCGACAGCGGACGAGUCAAGGAGAACGCAUUCGAUCCGCAAUCUGGCCUGACUCGCCUCGUCGAACAAAUGACAUCGAAAGCAUCGUCCAAACAGAGACGUGGUCGUGCUGGUCGUGUACAGGCCGGCCAAUGCUACAAGCUCUUCUCGCGUUACACUGAACAAGAAAUGGCUGAUCAUGCGUUACCGGAGAUGCUACGCACACCUUUGGACAGCAUCGUGCUGGGCGUGAUGGCCGUGCGCGAACAUGUCGACCCUCGCAAAUACCUCUCGCAAGCCAUUUCGCCUCCCAGUACGGCAGCGAUCGAUCAAGCUUGGAACACUUUGCUCUCACUCGGUGCGAUUACUGGCAAGGGAAAAGAUGCUCGCAUCACGCCGCUGGGACGACAUCUCUCGCUCAUUCCGGUCGACCUAAAGCUUGGGAAGAUGCUCGUCCUCGGUUCAAUCUUCCGAUGUAUCGAGCCUGUCGUCACCGGCGUGGCCUGCCUUGCUUCGAAGCCGCUCUUCUUGAACAAUCCGGAAACACGUGAUGAGGCACAGCAAGCCAGACAACGAUUUGCCAAGGAGAGAUCAGAUGUACUAACGAGCAUUGCCGCAUUCAACGCCUGCAAGCAACUCAAAGGUCGAUCUGCGCUGCAAAGGUAUUGCUCCGAGACCUUCAUCUCUGCUUCUGCAGUGAUGGAUAUCGAGAUGCUUCAGCGAGAAUUCAUGACCAGUCUCGAGCAAUCGGGCAUCAUUUCAGGCCGCAACGAUCUCAAUGCUAAUGCAGAGUCUCUGAAUCUCGUCAAAGCUAUCCUUUUCGCAGGUACUGGCAAUCUUGCUCGUGUGCAACUGCCGGAUGCCAAGUAUAUUGCCGCCUCGUCAGGCAAUGUCAGAGCAGACCACGAGGCAAGAGAAGUCAAAUUCUUUGACGAGACCGGCCGAGUGUUCAUCCAUCCCGGUAGUACGCUCUUUGGCGAUCCGAAGCUGCAUCACUUUGUCACAUACUUCUCAAAAGCGCUGACGACCAAGCCUUUCAUCAGAGAUGUCACAGAGAUACCGCUGUAUGCUGUCCUGCUCUUCGGUGGAGAGAUAGAGGUGGAUUUCGCCAGAGGAGGAUUGAAGAUCAUUACGCAAGGCAAGUCCGACGCAUGGGUGAGGAUGCGAGCAUGGGGUCGGAUUGGCAUACUCGCUACUCAGCUCAAGAGGCUACUAGACGCAGAGCUGGACGCAAUGAUAGAAUCACCGGAGUCACAUGCGAGCGAGAGCAGUGUAAUCUAUGCGCUGCUCCGACUGCUUCAGAGCGAUGGGCGCUGA